GGCGAUUGGCUUAUCUAUUACAACCAUCUGGUGCUGUGUCCUGCGGUUCCCUCAACCACUAGGGGAAGUCUGAUGCUAAACCAUGUCACCACUCUCAUACCCGUUGAGUGCCAUUACAAGAGAAGGCUUCACCGCUCCACGUAGUUCCUCCACUAACCAGCAGGGGGAGUCGGUGAUCCUCGAGGCAGGUGUGGAGGCCCCGCAACACACAUCGCUCAGGGUGUACGUCGACCACUGUGUUGCGUCAUCCAGCCCCGAACCCCUUGAAUCCCCUGGCUACGAAUUCAUCAAUAAUCACGGCUGUCUCAUGGACAGUUUAGUUCCGGGCUCCUCAUCUGCGUUUCUACCAAGGAGGCGAGACGACCGGCUCCUCUUCAGUAUCCCCACCUUCCCCUUCCUGCACUACUCUGGGAUCCAGAUGUACAUCAGCUGUCACCUUAGGGCCACUCUGGCUACAAAGGCACCAGACUCUCAGAACAAGGCCUGCUUCUUCCACAGCCCAACCUUCAGCUGGCGCCCGGCUGAAGGCAGCGUGGAGAUCUGUGCGUGUUGUAACUCUAACGACUGUUCAGACGCAGAGGGCGAGAGAGAACGUCCUCCGCAUUGGGGGGAGCGGGUGGUGCGAGCCACGGUGGGGCCCUUGCAGCGUAUCGGCCGGUCCCACUGAAGUGGCCGGAUCCCGGUCAUGCUCAGAGGAGUCCAAACUGCGGCCCCCGUUUGGGUGUGGCGUGGCCCGGGCUGAGUCCCAACACGGCCCCCCGCCGGUCGUCAGCUUCGAGCCAACACCACCGCAUCAAUAAUGUACAUCACAGUGAGAUGAGGGUGUGAAUGUGUGGUUGGUAUGGUGUUGGAACAAGUAUUUGUAACAAAUCUUUCAUGGCUGACAAAAACAUUUGGAUAGAAUUCCAAUGUGGUAAAAAAACGAGUUUUUCUUCUUAUUGUCUAACAAUAGGCUGGCCCUCACCAAGGCUUUAAACAGAUCGUGGCAAUGGCCUGUCUUCAAGUAUUUCUCAAAUGCUAAAUAAAACUAAUUGUAAAUCAACUUUGUUGGCGAUUUGUCCACAAGCGUCACUGUUAUCCUUAUUUGUCUUUUUCCAC